ACAAUAUUACAUUCUGUAGUACUGGACAGUAUUAUGUCCAAGGAGUGUAUCCACUGAUACAGCAGCAAUAUCACACAAUUUUAGUGGAAGAUGAAAGACUUGUAGUGACAGUGACAGUGAUUGAUUUCAUCAGUGAAAAGGCAUAGUAUGUGAUAGAUACCAAACUCAGUUUUGGGGCCAAAGUUAUCAUCAUAGGUGACCAAGUGAUGAGGCCCACACUAAGAUAGGACCCAACUGAAGAGCUGUUAACUACAUCUUGAUUGUUACAGCAGGGAGACACCAAAGAAAAAGACAGUAUUAUGGAGGUUGAUAUAAAAUCAAACAAGAUGAUGUUGGGAGCAUUUUGGAUGCUCUCGCUGCUCAUUCAACAGAGUCUAAGUGACGUUAUUGUUAUAUCAGCCAUUACAAAUAAAACUAUCACCACUAUUGCAGAUUACCCUGCCUCAUUUGGUCCACCCCUACCACUUGCAGGCUUCAAGGGUUAUGCAACAUAUGUUGAGCCUCACAAUGCUUGCAUCGUUCCAGACCCACCUCCUGUUAUUGCUAACUAUAGUGGCCUUUGGAUAGGCAUUGUUAAGAGGUAUAAUUGUACAUUUGUGGAGAAAGUACUAAAUGCCCAGCAUGCAGGCUAUGAUGCUGUUAUUGUCCAUAAUGUUGGAUCGAAUAUGUUACAGCCGAUGAAUGCCAAAGAUAGAGGUGAUGAGGUGGUCAUUCCUUCAGUAUUUAUUGGUGAAGUCGAUGCUUUGAUGAUCAUAGAAAACUUCCUGUACACAAAGAAGUUCAUCUUGGAUAUUACUGGUGACAUCCCUUUCAACCUGCAAAACUAUCUGGUUCCUUUUGCCAUCACUAUAGGGAUUUGCUUUAUUGUAAUGCUCACCUUUAUGAUUGUAAAGUGUGUGCGAGAUUACCGCCGCUCUCGGCGUCAUCGCCUUUCUUCCAGAGCCUUAAAAAAGCUUCCAGUUCACAAGUUCAAAAAGGGGGACCCUUAUGAAUGCUGUGCAGUCUGCUUAGAAGAUUAUGUCGAUAAUGAUAAGCUUAGGAUAUUACCUUGUUCACAUGCUUAUCACUGCAAAUGCAUUGAUCCAUGGUUAACAAAGAAUCGUCGGGUGUGCCCCGUUUGCAAGCGGAAAGUAAUCACGGGGGAUGAACGACCCUCAGACUUAGACACAGAUUCUGAAGAUGAAAAUAGUCCCCUCAUAAAUUCAGAUGGUGGAACUCAGGGUGGCACAUUUAAUGAGCAGCGGGAAAACCCGUUUCAAGAAGCUCAGCGUUUAGCUGAGAGAAGACGUAGGAAUAGAAGACCAUCUCGUCAUGUUGAAUGUGGCCCAGAGGGUUAUCAGCGCUUGGGAUCAACAGAUGACGAUGAUGAUGAUGAAAGGAGGAGAAGAGGAAGAUAG